AUGUCUGCCGCUGCCUACGACCAGAAACCGGAGCACGUCUCCAUCUCACCCCUCCUUCAAAAGCUUGCUUAUCCAAACCAGGAGCUACCGGUCGAUACGGCCGAUAUCGCUUCAGCCUUCGCAUUGAUUUUUGAGGAUCGUUUGUCUGCUAUCCAGACGGCCGCUCUAUUGACCCUCUUGCACUCCACCGGAAAGGACCGAGAUGCGGAGGUCAUCGCCAAGUGCUCUCAUCGCAUGAGAGAAGCCGCUCUCCAGGUGGAUAAGGCGACCUUGAAGCAGGUCAUCAAGUCCCGUGGUAAGAAUGAGGGGAACUACAGGGGUGGUCUGUGCGACAUUGUCGGUACCGGCGGUGACUCCCACUCCACGUUCAACAUCUCUACCACGGCCUCCAUUAUUGCCUCGCCGUUCCUCAUGAUGGCCAAGCACGGAAACCGGGCACAGACGUCUUUCUCUGGAUCCGCCGACGUCCUCAAUGCCGUCUCGCCAGUUUCUCCGAACAUCUCUGCGGUCUCCGCCCAAAACAUUCAUCAGGUGUACGCUGAAACCAACUACGCGUUCCUGUUUGCGCCCAACUUCCAUCCCGGCAUGAUGUAUGCCAAUCCCGUUCGCCGUGGACUCGGCCUUCGAACGAUCUUCAAUCUCAUGGGCCCUCUGGCAAACCCUGUUGAUUGGGCCCUGGAGGCCCGGGUGGUUGGCGUAGCUUACCAGAGCCUCGGUCCUGUCUUCGCAGAAGCUCUGCGCCAGACUGGGUGUCGCAAGACCAUGGUCGUCUGCGGUGAGGAGGAUAUGGAUGAAAUCAGCUGUGCGGGCAAGACAAACUGCUGGAAGCUUUCGGAAUACCCCAAUCCGGCUUACACGGGCCCGACUGACGACGACGCCUCCGGUGAUGAGGAGGAAGAGACCCCUCGUACCUUGGUGAAGUUGGAAACCUUCCAACUGCAUCCUUCUGACUUUGGUCUGCCCACCCACCCUCUGAGCGCAGUGUACGGCAGAAAGAUGCCCAAGGACAACGCUGCCAAGCUCAUGAGUAUCCUGCGGAAUGAAUUGCCCCCGGAUGACCCCAUUCUAACUUUCGUGCUCAUGAACGUUGCUUCCCUAUUGGUGACCUCGGGCAUCUGCGAGGCCGAGACCAGCAACAUGGGCGCCGGUGACAACGGCCAGGUAAUCACCGAGCGCGGACCUGGCGGAGGGCGCUGGAAGGAGGGUGUUCGGCGAGCACGCUGGGCCGUGGAGAGCGGUGCCGCUCUCCACUCCUUUGAGAAAUUCAUUGAGAUUUCCAAUAAGCUCCAGUAA